UCCCUGGAUUGGCCCGGGAGACUCUGACCCCGCCCCAUGGCUUUGGAUCCGCCUCGGAUCGCUCCAGCCCCUCCUCCUCGGACUCUCCUUGGAUUGGUCCAGACUCACGGAGACCCCGCCCCAUCCAGCCCGCCUCCCCCGGUAUCCCUCGGGAUUGGUCCGGUCUCCCUCCGGCUCCGCCCUUCCCGCGCCCGCCGAGCCCCCAUUGGCUAUCGUCCAGCGCUGUCAGUCACUCGAGCUGGAGCAAAGGUUGAUCGGGGAGCGUGUCCCAACUGAGGCUGGCUCUCGCCUGACCACCCAUGGACCGUUGCUGUCCACUUUGCCCACCUUAACACCAGAGAAAUUCUUCCCUCUGGGGAGCUCAGAGAAGAGCGACAGACCCGCUCAGUGGGGAGCCCUAGUGCUGGAGCAGGACCCCCUGGUGCUAGGCACUGCAGAGACAGAGCCAGAAGGCGGCCCAUGCCCCAAAGAGCCGCGGUCUAAGGAAUACAACAAGCGCCAGGCAGAGCUCGACGGGAGCAUAACGAAACGGAUGGUGCAGUUACCAGAGAACUCUGAGAAGAGCUGUGGUGAGGGGGAAGAGAACGCACUGGAUCCCUUGGAGCAUCUCUGGCUGAAUUCUCCCACUUCUGAUCUCACUCUGGCCAGGGCAGGAGAAUCUCUCAUCCAGUGUAGUAUCUGGGGCCUGUAGAAGCAAAGCCAGAGUGCAGUGGGACAAAGCCCAGAACAAGACACUGCAAGGAGUAACUGGACCUCCUGAAAUUCUUCUUUCAAAGCUCUCUAGUCCCAGCCCAGGGGGAGACCAUCAGCUGCAGUCCAUAUAGCAUCCAUGUGACUUGCACUGAAUCCGCUCAGAACUAUUCAUGGUCCAAGAAUUACAGUGGGGGUUGGUUUGAGUCGGAUCAGGCUCUGCAGCCCAGCAUGAAAGGAGCCUGUAGUCACUGAACAGCAAUGAUCCAGACUUGGUGUGAGCCUGUGUCCUGCCCCCCUGAAGUAGCCGGGUCGCUGUGUCCUUUCUGACUGCUUUGCCCGUGCAUGUUCCAUCACACCUACCCUCCGGUGCAGCGCAUGCAUGAGACCGCCAGUGACCCGGCUAAGUAAAGCCUCUUCCAUGUGCUUCACUGGCUCUCUUGCGCGAACUCACGGUAUGUGUCCUGCAGCUGACAGGCAGUGGGGCAGGAGAGAUGCAUGGUGCUGAGGAAUUCCCUCCCUGCCUUGUCUUCUCUCCCUAGCCAGGCAGGGUUGGUGUAAUUGUUGGAGCUGUCGUGCUUACGAUGCCUGUUGUUUCCGUCUCCCAUGGCACUGAUGCAUCGGUGGGGUUUAAAAGGGCUGAUCUGUGUCAGUGGCCUUCUCUCACUCAUCCUGCUCUGGUGCCUGCUGGUCAUGACAGCUGAUGUCCAGAAGAGAUGGCAGCUUUCCAGUCGCUUCCCCAUCUUCCGAGGGAAGCUGCCCAGAAGGUCUCGCUUUGGGGCCAUCGAAGCUGCCCAGAGGGGGGUGGACUUUCCAUCCCUGUUCACCAGCUCUCACACAGAUCCCCACUGUGAGCCUGGGCAGCUGCUCCUGAUCCUCGUGACUUCAGCCCCAGGGAAUUCAGAGCCCAGGCAAGUGAUCAGGAGAACCUGGGCUGCCCACGAGGGACUGAGAGCACACCAAUGGCAGUCUGUGUUCCUAGUCGGCCAGUCUGCAGACGUUGGGGUAGUCCAGGGCAUCCAGAGAGAGCAGCAGGAGUUUGGGGACAUCCUGAUUGGGAAUUAUCAGGACACCUAUCGGAACCUCACCCUGAAGGUCAUGCAUGGGUUUAAGUGGGUGGCUGAGCGGUGCCGGCCCAGCUACAUUCUAAAGACAGAUGACGACUGCUUCGUCAACACAGACCGGCUGCCGGAGUUCCUGCUGGAGCACAACACUAUUAAGACGGGCCUGUAUGCAGGAUCCCUCUUCUCCCGGGAGAAGCGGCAGGUCAUCAGAGAGCCUUCCAGCAAAUGGUACGUCUCCAGGCAAGACUACCGCCCUGACGAAUACCCGCCAUACGCCAGUGGCAUCGGCUACAUCCUGUCUCUGGAUGCCGUUGAGCGGAUCCUGUGGGCAGCAGAACAUGUCCACCCCAUCCCGGUGGAAGAUGCCUACGUGGGCAUCUUGGCUGAGAGGGCUGGGAUCCGGGUGAAAUCCAGCGCGCGCUUCGCCAAGCACAACGUGAGGUGGCGGGUGUGUAACUACCGCUACCUGAUGGUGAUUCAUCACCUGAGCCCACAGGAGCAGGAGGUGGCCAAGGGGAACAUGCUGCAGGCUCGCAGUGCCUGCCAUGACAGCCUGGAGGUCACCAGGUGGAAGUGAGCCACUGUCUGCCAGGAGGGCUGGCGAGGAACCUGGCAACCUCAUGCCUGUAGCACAGUCUGAAGGGGGUUAUACAACUGGUGCUCAGUUUAACCCCCCAUCCCAGGCACUGGGGUGGGAGUCAUGGUCAGCCCCUGGGAUGUACCCUUGCCAGGCACCCCAGCUGUCUUACCCUUCCAUUGUUACGGGCUGCCGGAGAGUGAAAUGGCCCUGUCCUGAUUGCCUGGCAGGCAGCAUCUUACUCACCACAGAAACACGAGGUUGGGGCUGGGAGUCUGGAGCUCUGGAGUGGGAGUCUCAGCUCUGCUACUAACCUCAGGCCAGUGACUGACCGAUCAUGUGCCUCAGUUUCCCCACUUGUAAAGUGGGGCUAACUAUCUGACUCAGCUCCUAGGGCCUGUGGAGCUUAAUUGGUUCAUGUCUGUAGGGCUCUGAAAAGUGGUGUGGGAGGGGCCAAACAUCAACACAGAGGGACUCACGGUCUCGGUAUGUCAUGCCCAGCUGAGGCUCCUGCCAUCCAGAUGCAUCGUGGCAUGUUAGGACCUGUAGCCCACAGACUGGCUGCCAUCUGCUUCAGUUUGUGGCCAGCUGCUGACGCCCUGAGCUGAGCUAAGUUGGAAGGUGCCAGCUCACUGUAACACUACAGUGCCCUGGGGCGCAGGGCACGUGAGCCUUGCAGCUGACAGGUGGGAGUGGGGCUGGCCUCUGCCUCUGGAAGAGGACUCUCCUCAUGCCGAGUCUCCAGCCUUCUCUCAGCUGAGGCUCUCCCGGGCUGCCUUAUGAAGGGGGAUUGCUGGAUGUGUGACCUAGCAAAGCAGCAGCAUUACUAGCCUCCCUGUGUGCUGCUGGAAAACACCACGGUAGCCCAGCACCCCUGCAGGGAGUGACGCCGUUUCUCCCCAUCUCUAGCACCUUCCCAGGGUGGGGGGAUGGGACAGGACUUACCUGUGCUUGGUGCAGUGGCACUAGCUGCACCUUCUCAUGCUGCAUCCUGCUGAGGGAAGGCCCAGGGUGGCCUGCACUUCACCAGCACCUGGGCCAGGCGUCCAGGUCCCAUGGGUGCUAGUGAUGUAUGGCAGGUGUAAACGGUACUCGCUUUCCUGAGCAGUGCUGGGGCCUCUUGUUCUCAUGAGCCUGGAGCACUUUCCAGACUGAAAGGACACUAGGGAAGGGUUAAUCUGUGCAGCAGCUGCUACUACUACAAAACGGUAUUAAGUAAAGGCUGGGGCUCAGAGUGAGGGCUGGGCUCUGUUACGUACCCUGGGCAAGUCACUUCCCCGCUCUCUGCCUCAGUUUCCCCUCCCCAGGCAGGGGGUGAAGCCAAACUCCCACUGAUCUCACAUAUCAAGGUGCUCUCCUCCAGCUAGCCCUGUGCAGGGUGCUACUGCAGUGGGAAUUGCUGCUUUUACAAACCAACUCACCAGGCCCACCUCCUUCAGCACUGCCUGGCAGCAGCCAGCUGGGGAGAGGAAGCUGGUCGUGGGACUGGGCUCCUGCCCCGUGGGCACAGGGAGGCUACGGCUAGUUAGCCUGUAGUGAGCUAGCCCGUGGGGCCUGAUCCCUGCCCCACAGUGCCUAGAAAGGCUCCCCUCUGGCCCAUCGAGGCGAGCUCCCUGCUCUAGUGCCCAGCCCUCAAUCAGUGUUACUGACAUCCCAGCAGCAGGUGCCAAGCCCACACCAGCUCAGCCUGCCCCGUGGUUCCCAGCCCUACGACUGCCCAAGAGCGUUACCUCCUGCUUUUGCCACUAUUGUGCAGGUGGGGUCCCCUUGCUGGGGGGACGGGACCCCCCAAUUCCGCCUCCCAGCCUUACUGAUGAACUUGGGGGCCAGUAAGUUGUAGGGAAAAGGGGGGUGGGGGGAGGGAAACACGAUUCAAUCCUGGUGCUUUGCCAGCCGGGCGUGCUGCUCCCACCUGGGCUGCAGUCUGCUCAGAGCCGGACCCUACGGCCUAGGGCUCCUGCAUUACCGUAGCCCCUUGGUCACGGCCCAGGACCCAGAGCGUGAGGUGCUGUACAAAGAACCCAUUCCCCCUCUGCCGGAAGUCACGUGCAGCUGCUCCUGGAGGGUUACUCGGGGUGGGUUCAAACAUUCCUAUUCACACGGCUUCCCUCGGGGUGGGCCUGGCCACUCGGCACAGCCGCCGGGCGAGCGAGGGGCCGGCCUGUGUCUGCCGCAGUCCAGGCAGCAGGAGGGCCGCAGGCAGUGCUAGGUGCUGGUUCCUCUGAACGGUUGAAGGGACAAAGCUGGUGGAGGGAGAUGGUAGCUAACAGCUGCCUUUCACUGGGGCUUUCUCCUGCAAUAAAGGUUACCAAGAGCUGCCAAUGGGAGAGGUGCUUUUUGGGGGGCUGGGGUGGUUCUUGCCUGACUGAAAUGCCACCCCUGGGAGCUGUGGCCUGGCUUCUCCUGCCUGGCCCCAUGCUCCUCUCCAGGAGUGUAGGGGGCUCCCUGUGAGCCCAGCUCCAUCCCUGAGCUCCCUGGGUCCCGGCACAAGGACAAGCAGGGGCUGUGACGGGCUGAGGCCAAGGCUGGGGGCAGUGUGAGGACAGAGCCCACAGCGAGGGCUCCUGGGCAGCUGCUCUGCUGCAGGCCUCUGCCAAGGAGCUGCCAUGCCAGGGAUGGCCCAGCUACAAGGGUGCUUCCCCCUUGCCUGCCCCGGGGCCGCUCACCUCAGCAGCCCUGCCCGUGGCAGGCUAGUUUAGUGUUCGAUAAAUUCCUGCUCCUCUGGCCCGAAGGAGAGUCCAAGGCCAGUGCUUCAGCCAGCCUCUCCGCAGCUGCAGGCUCCCGUCCCCAGGGCCACACAGCCCCGUGCUGGGCCGCCCUCCCCUCGAUGCGCUGCUCGGGCUGGGACCGCUCCCUUCCAGCCUGGCCUGGCUGCUCGGGCUGGGACCGCUCCCUUCCAGCCUGGCCUGGCUGCUCGGGCUGGGACCGCUCCCUUCCAGCCUGGCCUGGCUUCUCUCCGCAGCUGCAGGCUCCCGUCCCCAGGGCCACGCUGCCCCGUGCUGGGCCGCCCUCCCCUCGAUGCGCUGCUCGGGCUGGGACCGCUCCCUUCCAGCCUGGCCUGGCUUCUCUCCGCAGCUGCAGGCUCCCGUCCCCAGGGCCACACAGCCCCGUGCUGGGCCGCCCUCCCCUCGAUGCGCUGCUUGGGCUGGGACCGCUCCCUUUCCAGCCUGGCCUGGCUUCUCUCCUUCGCGCCCCUGGAGAUGGGGCACCAUGGGAGCAGCUGGGACCGAGCCUGCUGAUGUCAGGCAGAGAAGGCUCCUCUCAGUGCUCUGGCUCAGGGGCUUUCCUCCCGAGGGAGAAAGGGCAGAGGAUCCCACGGGGCAGGGCAUGCC